GUAACUGGACACCAUCAUGGCGGAUGAAGGCAAAGUAGUCCAAAAGGAUGUCUCUGCCCCCAAUCUUCGUCUAAACAAGUACUACUGGUUGGUCAAUACGGAGGGAUUUCCAAUCAGCUCUUCAACUUGGGAAAAAAUGUGGGAUUAUGUGAUUGUCACUCAUCCCCAGGGACACGAUGUUGCUGAGUCUAUUAGAGGGAAGACCAAUAAAAGGGUACCAUAUCCUAAUGCUCCUGUCAUACAACCAAGUGCCUCUAUACCAUCAAGUCUUUCAUCAGUACAGGAAUAUUUACAAAAAUUACAAUACAACUACACUGGGAUGCAAUUCUUUGAUGUAAAGAGAUACAAGCCUUUAUCAAGACUGAUGGAUAUGGCUAAAGAUAUGAUUAAAGAGUCUCUCCCAAUCAAAUGUCUUGAAGCUGUCAUAUUGUCCCUCUACUUGACUUCACCUUUAACUUCAUUGCAACGGUUUACCAUACGAUUUAAAUCAAGCCAUGAAGGAAGGUGCUACAGACAUGUAGUGCUAGGAGUUCAUCAAGGUGGCAUAUAUGGAUCACUGGGUCUUAGUAGAAGACUCUCACUCAUGUAUAAA